GGCAGACACCUGCUGUCCCCUCCCCUCCCUGACUCACUGCUGGGAAAGAGCGCUGCUACUGCUGCUGCCGUGGUGGUCUUGCUUUGGAUGAUCACAGACAAGAUGAAAACUCCACGCUGUCGCUACACUCGUCUGCCCAGCCUGCUGGAAGAAACCCUGUCUCCAGAACCUGAGGAGUCUGCUGAACCAGAGAACCCAGUCUGGUCAGGCAUAGAAUUUCAUGAGCCUGUGCUAAAUGGGCAAAGCAACAUCAUGCACUUUGAAGAAAUCCAGAAGCUUGCACCACACCUCCCUCUACGAGUGACUGGACACCCAUGGAACCUCAUCUACUGUACAGCAAGAGAUGGAUUUAGCCUGAAGACUAUGUACCGAAGCAUGAGCGACUUGGCUUCUCCUGUGUUGUUGAUCAUCAGAGACACAGAAGGCCAGAUAUUUGGGGCCUUUUCUUCUACAGCCAUCCAUGUUAGCAGCUGCUUCUAUGGCAAUGGAGAAACAUUUCUCUUCUCCUUCACCCCACAACUAAAGGUAUUUAAAUGGACAGGUAAAAACACCUUCUUCAUGAAAGGAGAUGCGGACUCCCUAGCAAUUGGCGGAGGCAGUGGCAAAUUUGGACUGUGGCUAGAUGGAGACCUGAACCAUGGAGGAAGCCAGCCCUGUGAGACAUUCAACAAUGAGACAUUAUCCCCCAAAGAAGAGUUCCUCAUCAGAGAUCUGGAAGUCUGGGCACUUUCUUAACCCAAAGAAGAAAGGGGGGGGAAACAAAGUUCCCUUCUGUGUGGACAUUGCAAGUGCCAUGGGAAUAGGGAUUGGCCAGUACUUCUGCUACAGCAGCUUCUCAAAUCCCCUUCAAUGAGCAUAAACCUGCUGUAGACUCCCUCUGUCUCCAUAGAUUGGUAGGGAGGGAAAAGAUGCUGGACUGACCUAACAAUUCUCUCAUAUCCUCUCCCAAAAAAACCCUACCCCUUCCUCACAUUAGUAAUUUUGCUCCUCAACUAUUCUACUCUUAGAAAGAGGAGCAGAGAAUUUCCUGUUAGUUAAGCUUGCCCUUGGUAUUACUGUACUUCAGGGCAUAUGAAGUUCUUGCUAACAGUCAGAUUAGGAACUGGUAAGCUAUGCAAGUACUGGCUGCUGCUUAUCAGUGAAGGAGCUCACAAGGGAAGUGCUCUUGCCAAGUUGCAGAUCAGGCUACUGACAGACCUGUAAGUAAGCCCCUUACUGUCCUCUAAAUUCUCACAGCUCUUGCUAGGAGUAGAAUGUUAAAUUACUUUAGGUAUUAGAAAGUGAAAACUUUGAGGAUGGUUUCAAAGCAGUGCCUCCCUGUAUGGUUGCGAGAAGGCACAUCCCUUUGGCACUUAGCCCAAGUGUUAAAGUUGAGCACUGAAUCACUUAGAACAAGUUCACCACAGAUGGAUACAGCCACACAGUCAUCUCUUUGCUAUUACUCUUUGCUCACAUCACCUGACAACUUAGGCAUGGAAAGCUUCCCACAAGACUAAUCUUAGCUUCCUGAGUACAGUUCUACUGAUGACAUUCAACUCCACUUCAGAAUAGGCAUUUUGCAGGGUUAAAAAAAAUAUUUCAGCAUACUAAGAGAUAGUUUCCCUUCAUAUUGGUGUUUUACAUAUACAAACAAAAGUUGUUUGAGCAGUAACCAGUCUAUUUUUCCUCAUUACACAUAGAUUAGGCAAGACUUUUUAGAUCAUUGUUCUUCUAUUGCAAAUGUACAGUUAUUUAUUCAGUGUUUAUGGGGAAAUUUAAAUCUUUCCCUUUUCGGGGGGGGGCACAGAGAGUAACAUUUUUCUAACACUUUAUGCCCAAUAUUUUGUUUUUGGAUAAUGAAAUCAGCCACAUGUAUUAGCCAACAUAUUUUCAAAUGGAAUGUGUGCAGGUAUCACAGACACCAAUUGGUUAUUGCACGGCAUUGGAUGUGACAUCAACAGAUGACAUUACAGUCCCCCUCCCUGGCUUCAUUUUGUAAAUGUUUGUAAACUUUUUUGAAGAGGCCGAAUGCUUCCUGCUAUAAUAUUCCAGCAUGGGAGCACUCAGCACCUUUUCAAAUAUAUUACUAUUAUUACAUUUAUAUCUCACCCUUCCUCCCACUAGGAGCCCAGGGCAGCCAACAAAAACACUAAAAACACUAUGAAACAUAAUAAAAACAGAUAAUAAAAUAUAUUAAAACAAAACAUAUUUAAAAACAUCUUUUUAAAAAAAGCUUUAAAAACAUCUUAAAAAGCAAUUCCAACACAGAUGCAGACUGGAAUAAGAUCUCUACUUAAAAGGCUUGUUGUAAGAGGAAGGUCUUCAGUAGGAGCUGAAAAGAUAACAGAGAUGGCACCUGUCCAAUAUUUUUAAGGGGAAGAAAUUACAAAGGGUAGGUGCCACUACACUACACAACACUAGUACAGUGAGCACAGUUGGAUGAAUAAUCAGGAAGUGAAAGCUGCAUCACACACCCCAGGCACUGCCAAGAAAAGGCUGUCCCUCAAAACUCUGCUUGAACAAGAAGACUUGUGAGAGAAGCCACAAAGAGGCCAACAAUCACUUGGAAGGAGUUACAGAGUUCAGUGGCUGGAAGUGGAACAAUGGUGCACCAGUCAACCAUAUCAAGAGAUCUACAUAACACUGGCCAGUAUUGAAGGGUGGCAAGGAAGCUGUUACUCAAAACGGGCCAUCCAAAAGCAUGUCUGGAGUUUGCCAGAAAGCUUGAGUGCCCCAGCUGUGAUGUGGGAAAAGGUUUUGUGGUCAGAUUAGACCAAGCUAGAGCCUUUUGGCCAAAACUCAGAGUGCUAUGUGUGGUGCAAACCUAACACUGCCCAUGCCUCAAGACACGCUAUCCCUACAGUGAAGUAUGGUGAUGGCAGCAUCAUGCUGUGGGGAUACUUCUCAUCAGCAGGGACUGGGCAUCUUGUUAAAAUUGAAGGAAGAAUGGAUGAAGCAAAAUACAGGGAAAUACUGCAAGAGAACCUGUGGUGCUCUUUGAAAAUUGCGGUCUAUAAGCCAUGUCCAACCAACCUGAAUGACCUGGAGCAACUCUGCCAAGAAGAAUGGGCCAAAAUCCCUCCGACAGUGUGCGCAAAGCUGGUACAUACCUACCCCAAAAGACUUAAACCUGUUAUUGCAAUGAAAAAUGGCGCUACCAAAUAUUAAUGUGUGUGGGUUGAAUACUUAUGCAAGCAACGUUUGUUUUUUGUUUCUUACAAACGUUUUCCAACAUAAAACCAAAUGUCAGCUUACAAUAAUUGAU